GAGCUCGGUGAGGAUAUAAGGAGCAGGAGCAGGGCGGCUGGAGCACAGACAGCAGCUGUCACUCACUGGCAAUGUCUAUGGUGGUUGAGAAGCAGAGGGUGCGCCUGGUGUUCCUGGGAUCCGCUGGUGUGGGCAAGACGGCACUCGUGCAGCGCUUCCUGGGGAACACGUUCGACCCCAGACACAGGCGGACGGUGGAGGAGCUGCACUGCCUGCAGUGCCAGACUGACAGCUCCCAGGGCUGGGUGGAGAUCAUGGACACCAGCGGCAGUUACUCCUUCCCAGCCAUGCGCCAACUCUGCAUCCGCCAUGGCGAUGUCUUUGCCCUGGUAUACUCUGCCGAGGAGCCCGAAUCGUUCGAGGAGAUCAAGCGACUACGGGAGCAGAUCCUAGCGGUGAAGCAGGACCAGCCCAGCACACCGAUGGUGGUAGUGGCUAACAAGGCAGACUUGGCCCAGGACAGACUAGGCUCGGCACAGGACAUGAUAGCGGCCAUGGUGCAGUUGGACUGGGGUUGUAGUUUCCUGGAGACUUCAGCCAAACACAACCACAAUGUGUUGACCCUCUUCAAGGAGCUCCUACUGCAGGUCCAGCUGCCCAGCAUGCUGAGGUCUACCCUAGACCGCAGGAGAGACACCUUCCCCAGGGAGAGCCAGCCCAGACCCAUCGGCAGCAAGAGCCACAGUUGUGCCAUCUCCUAGCCCCAAACCCAAUGACCAAAGUCGGGACAGUUUGUUGAAUGAUUUUCUCCAGAUUGGACAAUGAAGGAAUGUAUGUAACUCGGUUUUAUCUGAGAAUGUUCGGAUGAGCUGUUAAACCGAAGUCCCAUCUCCCUGUUCAGGUGGACAUUA